AUGGUGGCUAUGAAAGCCCAGACAUGCUUUGACGUGAUGCAUUGUAGCAUGAAUGUGCCUUCAUGUGACAUGAUGAAGUUUUUGAUAUGUUUGAUUGAAAGAGAAGAAAAGAGAAUGAGUGAUUGGUUUAGGAAGAAAAUAAACAAUGCACAUUCUGAAAUUGUUGCUAAAUCAGUGAAGAACAAUCUAUUUAAAGCAAAUAAUCCAUUUUCUGGUCACAAUUAUGCCUAA